AUCUGGUUUAAAUUACUUUAAUUGGAACCAAAGAGAUGUGGUAUCUUAAGUAACUAGGAACUUCUGUUCAUAGAUUUUCUGCGUGUAUGAGCUAGAUAGAUGGGGAUGGAGAGAUUACUGCCAUUUGCUGGAAUGGUGAUGGCGAUUCUGAUACAAGCUGGGAGUCUGGUACUAAACAAAGCCGCCAUGUCGAAAGGGGUCAACAAAUACACCAUGAUCGUCUAUGCCAACGCUCUCUCCACCCUCCUCCUUCUUCCCUUCUCCUUCGUCGUCCACAGACCAUCAGUGCGACCUCCACUUACAUUCCCUACACUGUGCAGAUUAUUCUUGCUUGGCCUGUUUGGAUGUUCAGCCCAGAUUUUUGCUUAUGUUGGUGUAGACUAUAGCUCUCCCAUGCUUGGUACUGCCAUGCUUAACCUCAUCCCUGCAUUCACUUUCUUACUUGCCAUCAUUUUCAGGAUGGAAAAUGUGUACUGGAAGAGAUCAAGUAGCCAAGCCAAAAUUCUGGGGACCAUUACAUCAAUUACAGGAGCUUUUGUUGUGACACUCUACAAAGGUCCACCAGUCUUAGAUGUUCCUAGUUCACCCACUCAAUUCUUAUUCUCUCUUAAACACUCAAACUGGAUUGCUGGAGGACUUUUUCUUGCAGCUGACGCUUUUUUCACUUCUCUGUGGUACAUUCUCCAGGCACUAACAGUUGAGAAGUACCCGGCAGUUGUCUUUAUUGUGUUUUUUCAAUGCUUAUUCACCACCAUUCUAUCUGCGGCGUUUGCUCUAAUUGCAAUCAAAGAUGCAAAUGCAUGGCAGCUAAGACUGGACAUGGGGCUCAUUGCUAUUUUAUACACCGGAAUUAUAUCAACAGUUCUUCGUUACAGCUUAGUGACAUGGUGCGUGUGGAAGGCUGGAGCUGUAUAUUGCUCUAUGUUUAAGCCGCUUGCUAUAAUUUUUGGUGUUAUCAUGGGAUUCAUAUUUUUAGGAGACUCAGUCUACCUUGGUAGUUUGGUUGGUGCAAUUAUUAUAGUUACUGGGUUUUAUGCUGUAAUGUGGGGAAAGGCCAGAGAAUUAGAGAACCUAGAUGACGAAGAUCCCUCUAGCGUUGGUGAUAACAAGCUUCCUCUACUACAGAACAAGUAGCUAGCUACGUACCCUGAACUAUAUAUUUUCGGCAGAGGUAUUUAUAGAAGUACACUGUCUUGAUGGAUACUUAACGUACAUGUAAAUGUACAUACUGUACAUGUCAUUGUGAAUAUUGAUAUAUCAAAUUCAGUGACCAAUAAAUCAAUUAUACUAAUUUAGGGUA